CACACAAGUCGCGCCUGUGUCGAUUCAAGCGAAAAUAAUAACAAUAUCUAUUAUUUUGGACGCUUUUAGCCUGUUUACGGAGCGUUUUUAGUACCAAUUGGAAAAUUUUGGAUUUAAAAAAACUUUUGUCGUAUUAGUUUGAAGCAGUUUGAUUUCAGUGUUAUGUUCAGUGAAUAUAAUGUUAAAGAGUAUUUAAACAACUUUAAUUGUGUAUAGGUUGUGAUUUUUUUUGAAAAGUGAGACUGACUGUGUAUUUUCUUUGAUAAAAGUUGGAAGUUUCACAAUCGAAAACGGCGAAGAUUCAACGGACGAAGACGCAGUAAAGGUUGAAACGGAUGAGGAGCAAGUCCAAUGACCAGUGGAGUCGUGAUGAGAAGCCGCGACGGAGACGGGUAGCACCAUGAAAACCCUGCUGAGGCUGCUGGUGGCGCUGGCUGUAGUGGUGACUCCCGAACCCACGCUCGCUCAAGCGAUCCAGGACAGUCGAUGUUACCUGAUGAGCGGCGGUGCCGUCGAGAGUUUCUUCAUCAGCGAGGACACGCCCGUUGGGAGCAUUGUUGGUACGCUGAGCGUGAAUGGUGACCCGGACGAGGUACGCGGCGACAUCUCGCUGUCUCUGCAGGAGCGCGGAGCCGCCGUGGGCGUGGUUGCGGGCUCCAAGAACCUGACGCUGGUGCGCGCUCUGGACCGCGAGGAGCGUCUGGGGCCCUCCAGUGUGUAUGUCAACGUGCGCUGCGACCGCCGCCACUCCUCCGACCCGAGUUUCGUGAUCCCGGUGUCUAUCCGCGUGUGGGACGUGAAUGACAACGCACCGUCGUGGGUGGGGGCCCCGUACCAGGCGCGCGUUUCCGAACUGACCGCGGUGGGGGCCCGGGUGGUGACCGCAGCCGCGCGGGACCCUGAUCAGCCGGGGCCCCACGCUACCGUGCACUACUCCGUGCUGCCGGGCCCGGGAGCAGAGUACGUAGAGUUCGCGAACGAGCUGGAUGGCACGCUGGUGGUGAAGAAGCCGCUGGACUACGAGAGUGUGCGAGAGCUGACCGUGCGGCUGCGGGCGGCCGAUGGAGGAUCACCCCCGCGGGUCAGCGACACCACGCUGAGGCUGUUGGUGCUGGACGCAGACGACCAGAACCCGCGCUUCUCACACGAGCACUACGUGGCCGAGCUGCUGGACCACGUGCUGCCGGGCAUGGAGCUGGAGACGAGCCCCGGUCCCAUAUCGGCGGCGGACCAGGAUUUGGGCAUUAAUGCCCCGCUGCAGUACUCGGUGUCGGCAGAGGGCACGGCUGCCAGCGCUGUGCGAGUUCAACGCGACACUGGCAGGCUGAGUGUCACCGAUCAGCUGCUGCGAGAGAACCUGCCUCUCACUGUGGUCGUCAAGGCGACACAGGUGGACAAUCCGGAUCGUUACGCCUUAGCUACGGUAUCGAUCCGACGCCGGACACCUCGUGGAGCCCCCGCGUCCGUUUCGGUGCUGCCCAGCAGUCCAGAGCCCCCGCCGGCCGCCGCACCGCCCCCCGCCAGUUCGAAAGCACCAGUCCAGUCCGGAGUGGCACCAGUCCAGUCCGGAGUGGCACCAGUCCAGCCCGGAGUGGCACCACUCCAGUCCGGAGUGGCACCAGUCCAGCCCGGAGUGCAUUUCUCCAAGAGAGAGUACGUGGCGCACGUGGCCGAGGAUGCCGCGCCGGGUACGCUCCUGGUGACGCUGCACACGCUGCCUCCGAGGAUGACGAAUGAUGGUGCGCUGCAGUUCUUCGUGUCGGAGCGCGGGUUCCUGGAGCGGUUCGCGAUCAACAGUGCGGGCGACGUGUUACUCCGAGCCGCAUUGGACUAUGAGACCCAGCGCUCCUAUCACUACCGGGUCAUGGUCACCGACGGACACAUGAAUGACACAGCGUCACUCAACAUAAGCGUGGUCGACGUGAACGAGUGGGAGCCCCGUUUCCGCUACCCGCAGUACGAGUUCCGAGCGGACAUGCUGGCGGGGGGCGGUGCGGGGGGCGGUGCGGGGGGCGGGGGACUCGUGCGAGUCGGACAGCUCGACGUGCACGACGGAGACGAGGGGGAUGACGUCACCUUAUCGCUGAAGGGACUGCACGCUCCGUUGUUCUACGUGAACAAGGCGGGGGAACUGUUUCUACGUUCGGAGGCAAUGCGGGCUGUCAACUCCAGUGUGCUGCAUGUGGUAGCCACGGCGAUAGACUCCGGCUCACCUCCCCGACAGACGUCAGUGCCGGUAGCGGUGCACGUGAGCGGGACGGGGGACGAGGGCGGGACUCGCGUGCGCUCAGCGAGCGUGCUCGUCACGUUUGUGGUGGCGCUAGUUGUGCUCGCUGCCGCCGUGUUGGCACUCCUGACAUACAUAUACACGCAGCGAAGACGCAGCUCAAGGAAGAGUAAGGCGGGGGCUGCUGCCGACGGGAAGGUGGGAGCAGCGGUGGGGGCG